AUACAAAAAGAAUGCCCAAUUUAACACGUGUACUAUUUAGAUCAUAUUAGCUAUCCUAUGCAUAUUCUUUGAUUUAUUCAUUUAUUCAUUACAAUUUACCUUAAUACCAUUAUGGAUUAUGUUUAAUGUUAUUCAGGUAUUGUGUUGAAUCUAUAUCCAUAACAACUGGAUGCAAUCAUUUCUAAUUCUUAUAUUUUUUUUUAAAAAAAAUUAUACAUAUGCCAAUUUGAAUAAAGACGGACUAUUAUUUUCAGAAAUGGAUUGUUUUUCAUCUGCAUCUACAUGCUCUGAUGUAUCUUCAGAUACAGGUCUGUACAGUCACCAUUUACACCUGUACAGCAAACAACCCAAUCAACAUCAAUUCAUUUAACUAAUUCAAAUACAAUCGAUUCCAUUUAUUCAAGUGGUAAUCCUAAUAAUAAAUUUAAUGCAGCUAUGUUAUCAUCGAUAAUGACAUCAUCAUCGUCAUCAACAACUACAACACCGAUACCAGUAACAUCACAACAAAGCAAUCUUGAUUCAUCAAUAAAUAAUAGUUUAUUGAAUUCUAUAGAACGUGAUCGUAAACAACGUGAAUUUAUACCGGAUUCUAAAAAAGACGAUAAAUAUUGGGAACGUCGGCGUAAAAAUAAUGAAGCAGCUAAACGAUCACGUGAAAAACGUCGACAAAAUGAUAUUCUCAUGGAAUGUCGUAUUAAUCAAUUACAAAUACAAAAUCAUAAAUUACAUCAUGAAUUAAUAGAGUUGAAAUUACGUUUUAAUAUACCAUUAAAUGAUGAAGAUAAAAAAUUUAUGGAGAAUCAAUCAUCAACCUUAGAUGAUACACAAAAUGAUGUAUAUAAUGAACACCAUGAUCAUCAUCAUAAUAAUAGUGAUGGAGAAUUGAAAUUAUCCGAAAUGGAUUGUUGUAUGAUGUCAACAACAAAGUCAAGAAAUGAUUCAUUGUCGAUGGAUGAUUCACAAAAUGAAAUGUUAUUAAAAAGUGAUCAAUUAUCAUCAGUAUCACCAACACCACCGCCAUUAUUGCCACAGUCGCCUACAACAACAACGAUGUUGAUGACAAUGACGACAGCAACAGCGACAACAUCUUGUACAACAGCGACUGUUUUGCCAGUGUCAACGUCUCCAAUUGAUCCAUUAAUUAAUUCUAUGGUAAUGACAACGACAUCCUCGUCAUCAUCAUCACCUUUGUUGUUACAAUCAUUAAAUCGGAUGAAUUGUGAACAACAAAUGAAUAUUGAGUUGACAGCAACAAACACGACAUCUACAACAUCAGUUCUAUCUAAUAAUCAUAAUCAUACAGUUUCAAAUAAUUUUUUAUUCCCUCAAUUAAAUUCAUUGGAUAACACUGAUUUAUUAACAUUGAAACGUAUAUUCUCUAGUUUAGGUGUUGGAUGUUUAUCAACACCACCAACUACUUCAUCAGUGACAAUGAAUCACCCGUCAUCAACAUCAUCUUCAGCUUCUCCGUUAAUUGCGGCAGCGGCAGCCGCGGCAGCUGUUGCCGCAGUUGCUACAAAUGGCGGUUGUACAAUGCCUUUAUCACCUAUUUCCGGAAACAAUAACAAUAGUGUAUGUACAACUUCGACAACAGCACCAUUUAAUAACCUAUCAUCAUUGAAUACAACAGCUGCACUGUUACUUCGACAAGCUGGUUUAAUGCCAGCAUCUACUACACCUCCUCCUCCGCCGCCACCACUAUCGCUACAAUCUACUCUCCCAAUACCUCAACACCAUCAAACAACUAGUUGUGGACUGCACGACAAUAUUUCAGUUAUAAAAAAUAAUAAAAAUGAUAAAUUGUCAUUUUCAUCCUCAGUCAUACCACUGACAGCGGGUCCCGCUGCUAAUGUUGGUGGUGGUGGAAACGGCGGUGGUCGCUGUUCAUCAGUACACUCAGUCAAAUCAGAUCUAUCUAAUAAUUCAAAUGAUUAUUUUGAAUCUCCAUUAGAUCUUAGUUUAUGUUUACAAAUUAAAUCUGAAAGUCAUAAUUCUGAACAUUUUCUAAGUGAUUCAAAUUCAGGUACAUCAACCCUGGAUAAACGUUAUCAAGAUCGUCGACGUCGUAAUAAUGAAGCAGUACGUCGUUGUCGUGAAAAUAAACGUGCACGUCUACUUGGACGUACAGAAACUACAGAGAAAUUACAAAGUGAAAAUCGUUGCCUACGUAAUGAAUUAAGUGGUUUAAGUAUGGAAGUUAAAGCAUUACGUAAAUUGCUUACAGUCGGUGGACAACAACAGGAUCAGCAAGAAAAUACUACCACCUUUACUACUAAAAACAAUAAUUGUAUGAGUCGUAAUGCUAGCAGUAAUGGUAUGGAUUAUUUUGAUGACAAUAAUGAAAUAAAGUUGUUUGAAGAAACAACAACAACAAUAUUGAAACAUGAUCAGAAAGAAGUUCCAUUAUCACUAACAUCAUCGUUAUCACCACGACGACGACGACCACCACCACCGAUAUCAUUGCCAUCUUCAGAUGGAGAUAAUGGAAAAGAAGUUGAGAAUACUGUGAUUAUUGAUCAUGAAACGGAAAUGAUUGAAACUAUGAAUGAUAAUAAUAUUGACAACACUGACGAUGAUAUUGAAAUGCCAACUUUAACCACCAUGAAUGUGGAUAAUUAUUCCUUGGAUGAUGAUGAUGAUGACGAUAAUUCAUUGAGGUCUCAAACACAUACUGAUCAUCGUAAGAAAUUAUCACCCAAUAUCACCAUGGAAACAUCCUCAUCAAAUGAUCAAAUCAAUAAAAAUGUACAGGUUUUAUUGCCAAAUGAACAUUCCCAACAUAUUGAUAACUUAUUACAAGAAAAGCUAAUUCAUAUUGCACAGAUGGAUACAAACGACAAUACAAAUGAUACUGCUAUUACUACUACUAAUACUACUAAUAAUGAAAAUAUCAGUUCCUUUGACAGUAAUAAAACUAUGGAUUGUACUAAAAGCGAUAAUGGUAAUCGAUGUGGCGUUGAUGUCGGUCGUAAUAGUAUUAGCAUUGCUGUUACAAAUACUGAUGGAACCCAAUCGACGGAAUUAUUAACUCAUGUAAAUAAAAAGGUAAAUGAUAAACCGACAACUAUCAUCUUACGUGGACGUCGACGUACAUUGAAGACACCAAUACAUAAUAAAAACGCUAAAACUAACAUAAAUCAUAUCAAUCAUCAUCAUGAUCAAAAUACUACUGAUACUAUUGAUAAUGUAAUUACUUCUAGUAUUACUCAAACUACUGAUCUGAAUGAUGCAUCAAAUACAUCCAAUAUAAUAUCCGCUCACAAACAACAUACACCUCCUUCCUGUAAUACUGCUACUAACAUCAUAUCAAGUAAUAUAUUAUCGAAAAGUGAAAAUUCUUACAUUCUACCCGAUAAAUCAACUUAUUUUCAAUUAACUAAUGAAUAUUCCACAAGAAAUUCAGGGAAAGAAGAUAGUAUUUUAACUUAGCAUUUAUUUGUGUUUGUUUUUUUUGAAAAUUUUUUAAUUUGUGUUGUUUAUAAUUAUGAAUUAUAUACACCCCCUCCCAUUCCACUCCGUUCUCUGGCCUUCUGUUCUUCCCAUCUCUUUCGUCCUAUCUUUCUUUGUGGUUUCGGCGAUUGCCGACCAAAUUCAUCAUCAUUACCUUAUUUUUGUGAUCAAAAGAGAACACACAACUCAUGUUUAUUACACUGAUUUCAAAGUUAGUAAUCAUGUUGGCGCCGAUGUCUUCUGAACAUUGCUUUUCCGCUUAUCUUUUUCCGAUUGAUCAUGUACAUAUAUUCCUGGAAUUUAUGCAAUCAUGAUUCAAUUUUUACCUAUUUUCUUUAUUCUAUGGAUUGAUUUCUUCCACAGUUUAUUCCUCCUUCUUCAUUGUCUUCCUACUUUUAAUUUUCCUUUCUUCGAUUUAAAUUUUAGAACUCCAAUUGAAUCUACUUAUUGUGAAGUAAACAUUGAAAAUGUAUACAUUUUCAAAAGGUGUUCUUAUUGCUUAAUUGCUACAUUGAUCAGUUAGUUUACUAUUUCAUAUGAGAUCAGAUAACGCAUAACAUCAUAGUCUUUGAAGAUGACAAUAUCAUCGAUAUAAUGUUGAUUGACAAAUAAUAACUUCUUGAUACUCUCUCUCUCUCUCUUCAUUUCUUAUAACUAUAUAGACAACAUGACUACUCUCGUUAAUCCUUACUGAUUGACUAUUCAUAACCAACAAAGGUAGCAGUACCACUACUAAUAAUAAUAGCAAUAAUAAUAAUAAUGAUAAUAGUUUUCCAAAUCGAUAUUCUAUUUGUAUCCCAAUUAUUUAUAAUAUGUAUUUUUGUUUAUUCGUUUGUUCGUUUUUUGUAUCAUGUUGUUUGUUUGUUUAUUGUUAUGAGAGAAGGCAGUUUUUUUAGAAAAGUAUUUUAAUACAUAGACAAUUUAUAACAUUGUCGCCGUUUAUCUCAUCCUCCAUUCUCUAUUUCUGUGUAUUAUUUCCCGUCCAAAAGAUAACACACUUUCCAUGACAUGUAAGAUGAUGAUACAUUAUCACUGUUUGUUGGCUGGUUCAAUCUUUACCUAUUGAACAUUGAGUUUUGUUGUUCACAUUUUGAUUGGUUUUUGUUUUUUACGAAAAACACUUGACUAUACAUAUAUAUAUUCGAAUGAUUCAUAUUAAUGAGUUGUUUUUCUAUGAUUUGAUACUGUGUUCUUCACUUUAUCAUGUAGAUUAUUAACUUUUAACUUACCUCAGCGGCGAUGGUGGUUGUUUCCUGGCCGUUUUUUGUAUCCUAUACAGUACUGAUGUAAAUAAUAAUAAUAUUAUUACUAGUCUCUGUUUUUUCCGUUGUUUUUUACCUGUUAUUUUUCUAAAAAGUGAUUAUCUUUGUACUCCAUCACGCAUUCCUCUACUCGUUACAUUACACUGGCAUGUGUAUGUGUGUGUGUGUGCACAUUCUUUUUAUCUGUUGAAUCCUUUCAUUAUUAUCCCUUUUUCUUCAAAAAAAAACGUACGAACAAUUUUCUUCUUUCCUUCAAGAAUUAAGUUUUUCGUUUGAUAGAGAUGAGGCGUGAAUUUAAACCGAAGUUCAAUGGAAUUACGAUCUAAAGCAACAAAUAUUCUUCAUCAUCGAAAGUCAGCCAUCAGCAUUUUCUUUGUUUCUACUAUGUACCAUGCUGUUUUUCUUUCAAAUCUUAAGAAGAAUGCUAUUCACAUUUUUUAAUGAGAAUGAAGAUAGCAAUAAUAUUGAUAAAUAAGCGCCAAAUACGUUACGUUUCUUUUUAUCUUUUUGUGUUUAUGAGAAUACCGUGCUAAUAUUCUGUUUUUUUUUGUGUGUUUAGAGUGUAAAAAUGUAAAAUAAACGUGUAUGUCUGUAAAGUAUAUGUAGAUGAAUAUCUAGGUGUACUGAAACUUAUUGUGUAAUGACUACCCCACACGCACACACAUACACAUUGGUGACUAUGUAAGAAUAAUCCUAUCGUUAUUAUUAUUACCAUUACUAUUAUUAUUAGUGUAUACCUACAAAAGGAACAAUUUUAUUGUUGAUAGUAAUCAUCAUUGUGUAAUAAUUUUUUUCUAAUUUUAAAGAGAAAAACAAACAUUACAUUCCUAUUAUAUGAUUCCUUUUUCUCUCUGUCUGUACGUGUGUGUAUGUAUGUAUAUGUGUGAGGUUCUUCUUCUUAUUUAUCAACAUUACUACUAUUCCACUCAUUGCACAUCAACCUGUGUGUGAUGAAUUUACUGCUCAGACGAUAACAACGAUAAUUAACAAGUGGGAGAACUUAAAAGUUACGUAAGAAACUAAACAGAAUGAUAAAUGUAUCCCGCAAACUAUUGUGAAUUGAUUUUUGUAUUUUAUAUAUUAUUCAUUACACAAUCUUCUAUAUAUAGUAUCAAUCUUAAAUGUAAUAUUGUAUGACAUUACUAUUACAAUUAUUAUUACUAUUAUUAUUGUACACUUUUAUGAAUACUGUUACCGAAUUACAAGUUGUUAACUAUUGUAUUGUUUCUGUCACUUAUUAUAGAGAAGAAUUGUUUAUGAUCAUUGUAAAAAUGAAACAAUCAGUGCAUUUUUUUCACCGGUGUCUUAUUACUAUUAUUAUUAUCACUAUUAUUACUAUUAAUAUUGUUUAUAUGUUCGUGACAUUGAUGGUGUGGAUUAUGCUGAUGGCGAAGAAGAAUAAGAAUAAGAAUAAGAAAAGAACAAUAAUUCUAAUAAAUUAACCUAGCAGUUUCUAUUCUGGUCUAAUCUUCUUGUUAUUCAGCCAUUCAAUUUCCUUUUUUCUUUCUAAUCUCUUUCUAAGUAUGUUCAUUGUGCUCAAUGAUAAUAAAUAACGAGGGUUUUUUAAUGUUCGUAUCAUUCCUGUUUUAUUACUCUUAUUAUUGUUAUUAUUACUAUUGAAUAAUAAAGUUUUUUUCUUUCGUUUUUAUAAA